AUGUCUGAAGUGCAGAACUCGACCUCCCCAGCUGGCCAGGCUGCCUCUCCUCCUGCUGAGGGCACAAACGGCACUUCCCAGCUGAAUACCAACGUCCCCGCCGGCAUGUCCUCCGAGUCCAACGACAUGCCCACCCCGACCUCCGCCGCUCCUUCCACCGCUCACCCCAACUCUGCCUCCCUCUACGUCGGUGAGCUCGACACCUCCGUCACCGAGGCCAUGCUCUUCGAGCUCUUCUCCUCCAUCGGCCAAGUCGCCUCCAUCCGGGUCUGCCGUGACGCCGUCACUCGUCGCUCGCUCGGCUAUGCUUACGUCAACUACAACAACGCCAACGACGGCGAGCGUGCUCUUGAGGAGCUGAACUACACUCAGAUCAAGGGCCGCCCAUGCCGCAUCAUGUGGUCUCAGCGUGACCCAGCCCUGCGCAAGACUGGCAAGGGCAACGUCUUCAUCAAGAAUCUCGAUGCUGCUAUUGAUAACAAGGCUCUUCACGACACCUUUGCUGCUUUCGGUAACAUCUUGAGCUGCAAGGUUGCUGUCGACGAGCUCAGCAAUUCCAAGGGCUACGGGUUCGUGCACUACGAGACUGCCGAGGCCGCUGACCAGGCUAUCAAGAGUGUCAACGGCAUGUUGCUAAACGAGAAGAAGGUCUUUGUCGGCCACCACAUCCCGAAGAAGGAUCGCAUGAGCAAGUUUGAGGAGAUGAAGGCCAACUUCACCAACAUCUACGUCAAGAACAUUGAGCCGGAAGUCACCGACGACCAGUUCCGCGAGCUGUUCGAGAAGUAUGGCGAGAUCACCUCCGCCUCGCUCGCGCACGACAACGAGACUGGCAAGAGCCGUGGUUUCGGCUUCGUCAACUACGUCAACCACGAGGAUGCCUUCAAGGCUGUCGAUGAGCUCAACGAUCUGAACUUCCACGGCCAGAACAUCUACGUUGGCCGUGCCCAGAAGAAGCAUGAGCGUGAGGAGGAGCUUCGCAAGCAAUACGAGGCCGCGCGUCAAGAGAAGAGUGCCAAGUAUCAGGGCGUGAACCUCUACGUUAAGAACCUUGCGGAUGAUGUCGAUGACGAGGAGCUUCGCAAGAUCUUCGAGCCGUACGGUGCUAUCACUUCCGCCAAAGUCAUGCGCGACACCAUGCCCGCUGACGAGGCUGAGGCUGACCAGGAUGGCGAGGAGAAGGUCGAGGAGAAGGAGGAGAAGAAGGAGGAGGAGACUGAGGAAGAGAAGGCUGAGGAGGCGAAGGAGGAGAAGAAGAAGGAGGGUGACGAUGUCGAUGAUUUGGAUAAAAAGAUGAAGACUGUCACCAUUGGCGGCGAGAAGAAGGUCCUCGGCAAGAGCAAGGGCUUCGGUUUCGUCUGCUUCUCCAACCCCGACGAGGCUACCAAGGCCGUGACUGAGCUCAACCAGAAGAUGAUCCACAACAAGCCUCUCUACGUCGCUCUCGCCCAGCGUAAGGAGGUCCGCAAGAGCCAGCUCGAGGCCAGCAUCCAGGCCCGCAACCAGAUGCGCAUGCAGCAGCAGGCUACCGCUGGUGGCAUGCCGCCGCAAUUCAUGCAGCCACAGAUGUUCAUGGGUCCCAACGGCCAGCCUAUGAUGAUGCCUGGUGCCGGUCGUGGCGGCCAGAUGCCAUUCAUGCAGGGUAUGCCCGGUCAAGGACAGCGCGGUGGGUUCCCAAGUAUGCCUCAGCAGGGCGGUCGUGGUGGCCCUCAGGGUAUGCCUCAGAUGCCACAGAUGCCGUUUGGUAUGCCACCUCAGAUGCAGGGCUUCCCUCAAGGCUACGGCAAUCCAGCUGCCUACGCUCAGUUAAUGCAGGCUGCUCAGGCACAGGCUCAGGCUAUGGGUGGUCGUGGUGCAGGGCGUGGUGGUCCGAUGCAGGGUAUGCCCAUGAUGCCCGGUAUGCAGGGUAUGCCUCCUCAGAUGAUGGGUGGUCCGGGUGGUCGUGGUGGUUUCCCAGGCCAGCAGCCUCGCGGCGGUAUGAUGGGUGGACGUGGCGGUCCGGAUGAGCAGCGUGGCCGUGCUCCCAACCGUGGUCCUGGUGGGCCUCAGAUGGGAGGUACUGCCGGUCUUGACAUGAACCAACUCCAGUCCGCUCCACCACAGCAGCAGAAGCAGAUGUUGGGUGAGGCUCUGUACCCCAAGAUCCACGCUCAGCAGCCCGAGCUCGCUGGCAAGAUCACGGGUAUGUUGCUGGAGAUGGAAAACAGCGAGUUGCUUGGCCUCACCACCGAUGACGACGCCCUCCGCCUCAAGGUCGAGGAGGCCCUGAACGUCUACGAUGAGUACAUCAAGAACCAAGGCGACAACUCCGGCCCUCAGCAAGCCAACGGCACCGAGAACAUGAACCCUACCGCGGAGGAGGUCAAGGAUCCAGAGGCUUAG